GAGAAUGGCAGGAGUUGACGCUUGGGACUCCCAGAUAAGCACUCCUCAGGAUGUCACCCAGUGACCCCGCCGAUGGGGCGCAGCUGAUAGUGACAGAGGUGGGGCACACAAGCUCUUGCCAGAUCCCAGCCUUGAUCAUUCGCUGGCUCCAUGUCGUGGCUUGUGGCUUCCUUGGCUCCUCCUCCGCUGUCUCUCGCUCUCUCUCUGUCUCUCUGGCAGUGUGAUGCUGCCUCUUCCAGCCAGGCAGCCGGGGCUUAGCAUUCUCCCAGCGCUCAGCUCAGCUUCACCGGGGCGGACACUGACAGCCCCGCAAGCCCAGCUGCCAGCCUGCCCUCUGCUCACUGCCACCCUGUGCCCUGGCUGCGCUGCCCUGGCUGCCCGAUCACUCUCAAUAGGAGCCGACAUCGCGCUGACUCUGUUAUGGAUCUAUUCGACUUUUUCCGAGACUGGGACCUGGAUCAGCAGUGUCAUUAUGAACAAGAUCGGAGUGCUCUUAAAAGAAAAGAAUGGGAGAGAAGGACACAAGAAGUCCAACAAGAUGAAGACCUGUUUGCUUCUGGCUUUAAUCUGUUUGGAGAACCAUACAAGACAAACAAAGGGGAUGCUCUUGCAAACCGUGUUCAGAACACCUUGGGAAAUUAUGAUGAAAUGAAGGACUUAUUAACAAAUCACAACAAUCAGAGCCAUCUUGUAGGAAUUCCAAAGAAUUCAGUGCCACAGACACCAGCUCCAGUAGAGAAAAACGAGCAGAGCUUUUUUCCAGAUCAAAGAAACAGGCUGGCCCCAUGCCACCAAAGCAGUAGCCAUCCAUCAUCCUCAAUGCCACCUCCCUCUUCGUUGGCCCCAAAUACAACUUUGACGCACAACCAUGAAGGGUCUAGGAAGUCACGAGUGGAUUGGGCCCAUGGAGGACACACUUCUUCUUGUACACAAUCUAACCAACUCAGCAAUCAACCAAGCAGAUUAAAACACACUUCUUCACAUGAUUUACUACAAAUAAGAUAUGAGGACCUUUACAACUGCCAAAAUGAUCAAUACAAAAGUGGUGUUAUUGAUGAACUCAUACCUGCUACAUCAUCCUCACACUCCAGAAGGCACAACCACCCUAAAGCAUUAAGUGGGGAACAUGUCUUUAAAGAGAAUGCUCAUUCAAAAUCACCAGUAGACUCUGAAACCCUAGGACAUGGUUCUGUCUCUCCCCUUCCAUCUACAUCAUUAUUAGCUGCAAACAACAGCCUUUCCUCCCAGAACUUUCCUCCAGGAAUACACAGUAAAACAAGCAUGGUGCAGCAAAAACCUACAGCUUAUGUAAGGCCAAUGGAUGGUCAGGAUCAAGUACCCAAUGACUCUCCUGAACUAAAGCCAUCAACUGAAAUAGAUGAUGGAUAUAACAAUCCUCUAUUUGGAACACUGUUAGAGGGGAAAGUCAAUGUACCUGUUACUAAGAGCAAACUGCCAAAGCUUACGAUUCCCCAAGGAAAUGAGGUUAGUCUUCCAAAUGAUCCCAACUGUGUAGAAGAAAUCUUACGGGAAAUGACACAUUCAUGGCCUCCUCCGCUGACUGCAAUUCACACCCCAUGUAAAGCUGAGCAGACCAAGUUUCCAAUUCCUAGUAAGGAGUCUCAACAUCUGACCUCAGGAUACAAUGUACAAAAGAGAUGUGAUGCCACUAACAAAACCACAGCAAAAUCUGCUCCACAAAAAUCUAUGCUUGAAGAUGACUUAAAGCUCAGCAGCGACGAAGAAGACAGCGAACAGGCAAAUGAAAAAACAAAGCCAAGAAACAUUCCAGUAAAUGGACUUCCUUUGCAAGCAGUGCACGGUGCCAACCUUGUGAAUUCCAGCGGAGGCUCUGGAAGCUCAAGUGAAUCUGAGAGCAGCUCGGAAUCAGAUUCUGAUAGUGAGAGCAGCUCCAGUGACAGUGAGUGCAAUGAACAAGCACGCAGUGCAACCCCUGAGCCUGAGCCACCUUCUACAAACAAAUGGCAGCUAGAUAAGUGGCUAAAUAAAGUUAAUCCACACAAUAAAACAAUAAUUAGCAGUCAGAAUGAUGUUCAUUCUGAAAACAAUUCAGAGACUCAAAAUAACCAGCAGGCUGAGGGAAAAGAGAAAACAGAACUUGACAAUAUUACUUCUCAGCCUGAUUCCAAAGAAUUACUGAGCCCAGUAAGGGAAAAAAGCAAACCAAGGGCCACCCAAAAAAACCCUGACUCAAAGCCCUUAAAACAGAAAUCACCAGCUCCCAAUGAACCAAUCACUCAAAGAGCGACUGCUAAAAAGCAGCCGAAAAAGGUCGAAAGAACUUCCAGUGUAGAAGAAAACACAUGGAACAAACCAAAUCCCACUUGCAGCACUCCCAAAGAAAAAGAGGUACGGGAAACCCCAGAGCAACCAAAAACAAGGACAAAGACCACUGUUGCUAAAACUGCUCCUAGAAAAGAACAAAGGACUAGUACAGGAAGUUCUUCUGAAAAAAAGAAAACCAGGGGAACCAGCAAAAAUGUCCCCAAAUCUAGAGAAUUUGUUGAGACAGAUUCUGCAUCUGAUUCCAACACAGACCAAGAAGAAGUGCUUCAGGUUAAAAUCUCAACAGCAUGCAGUGGGCCUCCUAAUCCCAUCAAAUCAAAGGACUGCAGCGGCAACAUUUUAAGUGUAAGCAGUUUAACCAGCAAUAGCAGUAGCAUAUCUGUAGAUCAAACAAAUAAUGACUUGGAAGAGCAUUUUUUCUCCCCUCUUCCUGUUGUUCAGACUGAGCUCCUUUCACCCUUGCGGGAUUUUGAAGAAGUUAAAUCAUUAUGGGUCAAAAUAGAUCUCACGUUGUUAUCAAGGAUACCCGGGCAAGAGACUUUUGAUGUGUUGCCCUUGAAGAGUGACCCAAGAGAGUCAGGUUUUAAACACAAACAUCAAAUAAUGAACACAGCAGUGGAGAAAAGUUCCACAAAAUCCAGAAGGAAGCACAAGCAAACUGAAAGCUCUGAUACGCAGAGUGAUAACAAAAGGCAGAGACUGGAGGACAACACUCCACCAUGUUUACUUCCUCCCUGUAUAUCUCCAAUACCCAGCACCAGGAUCACCAGCACUAAAGAAACAAAAAGGACAACAAAGAAAAGAGAGGAGAAAGUGUUUCCUCCUCUGCUGUCACCAUUAGGCGAUGAGCCAAUCUGUAGAAGGCAUUCCAGUGAUAAUGGCUCCUUCAGCCAGGAGAGCAAUGUCACAACCUCUAUGCAUACAGCCAGCACUAAUACACGGCACAGAAAGAACAGCAAUAUGGCAGCCAAUGCAAAAAUAAGCUGUGAGGAAGAUCACAGCAGGCCAGCGAGUUGUGUUAUUGAAAACAUUGAUCAUGAUCACUCAGAACCAGAUAUAUGGUCAACAGAGACUACAUUAACUAAUGGAAACAUUGAUUAUCGAAGAUCAAAAAUAACUUUUGAUGAUACGUUACAUAAUGCUGACUAUUACAUGCAGGAAGCUAAAAGACUGAAGCACAAAGCUGAUGCACUGAUGGAGAAGUUUGGCAAAGCUGUCAAUUAUGCAGAUGCUGCCCUCUCUUUCAUUGAGUGUGGAAAUGCCAUGGAGCGAGAUCCAUUAGAAGCUAAAUCCCCAUACACUAUGUAUUCAGAGACUGUGGAACUCAUCAGGUAUGCCAUGAGACUGAAGAAUUUCACAGGCUCAGCUGCCACUGAAGGAGAAAAGAAGUUAGUGGUUUUAUGCUACCGAUGCUUGUCAUUACUCUACUUGAGAAUGUUUAAGCUGAAGAAGGACCAUGCUAUGAAGUACUCCAGAUCACUCAUGGAAUAUUUUAAGAACUCCUCGAAAUCUUCACAAGCGCCCUCUCCAUGGGGAGGCAAUGGAAAAAAUACUGAGACACCAUCUCCGAUGUCACUUAGCCCUUCUCCUGUGAACACUGCUGGAAAUAGUACUGGGACAGGAGCUUCCUCAUCCACUGGCACCGUAUCCAUCCCCCAGAGGAUUCAUCACAUGGCAGCCAGCCACGUUAAUAUCACUAACAAUGUCUUACGGAGUUAUGAACACUGGGACAUGGCUGACAAACUUACAAAGGAAAACAAAGAGUUCUUUCAAGACCUUGAUACAGUGAUGGAGCCUUUAACACAACACAGCUCUAUGACCUACCUGGUCCGUUAUGUUCGUCAAGGACUUCACUGGUUGCGCAUAGAAUCUCACUUGUUGUAGAGUGCUCUACCCCCGUUCCUUCCAUUCAUUCUAACGCUGCCAGCGCAUGGACGAUUACUGGUAGAAAUCCACUCAUCUCCUUGACUUCAUUUUUAAUAUUUUGUCUGUUGGAAGUGGAUAUUAAGUCAACAGAAAUGGCAGCUCACUAGUAGAAUUAGCUACUCUGCUCCUUUCAAUAUGCCUUGCGUCUUGGGGAUCUUUUAUUCCUAUGUGCUUUAUGAAACAAUACUUUUUUUUUUUAACAGAUGUUGUUUUAGUCUUCACUGCCUUUAACAGAAUGCACUUUGUGAAGAUUUGGAACAAAACGUCUUCAGUUUGGGAGUGUUUUCUAAAAACACUUUAAUUGGGAUACUUAUCAAAUAUUGUAUCAUUAGGAAAAGUUCAAUGCUAUGAAUGAAAAAGGUCCUUGAUUAGUUGAAGCACCUGUAACUUGUAAAACAAGGAAAAAUAAUAGGAUAAUAAGGGUAGACACCUGGGGUUUGGCACAUGACCUUCAUGCAGUUGAAGAGAAUGUAGGACAUAUCAUACUACCAUCACGAAAACAUGUGCAGAUCACCCAGUUUAUCAAUAGUCCAGCAGGUUAAUAUGUGGUGAGGAUAAUUUUAUAAUCUUUCUUUGGCCCAGUGAUUACCUGUUUUAAUUUAUAACUCUGUGCUGCCAAACUUAAUACACUUUUCCUUUAAUUAUAGGACUGAUGUAAAUAAUGUUGACAUAAUAACAAUUGUCUCAUAAUUAUGCCAGAGUAUGUGAUAUGGUAAAGAUCUUAUAUGGAACUGAUAUGGAAUUAUGGUGAUGGUCUCUUGAAAUAGCAUUUUGUUGCUAGUCCCUUGGCAGUAAAAAAGGGUUUAUCAUAAGAAACGAAAGGGGAUUCAGAUAUGUUAACCAGUCUUUCCUCUAUUUAGACCGAUUAAGGCUUAUGCCACAGAGGAAGGUUGAUAGCAGUUACUUGUAGCAGUCUAAAAAUAGGGUGUCUUUUUCCUGUGGGGGAAUAAAAGUCUACCUUAAUCAAUGAAAUCUAUUUUACAGCUAGCUACAAGUAGCUGCCAUUAACCUCCCUUUGUAUCAAAAGCUUAAGUGACAAUCAUUAAACAAUUCAUUAUCGAGUUAAUUUGCUCCAUUAGUUUUCCUGUGCUUUAUAGCAGUUUGUCAACCUCCUAGUCCUUCAGCUAUCAUUGACUGUAACUACCAGCAUCCAACUGGGAGUUGUAACCCUGAGUGUCUGAGAGGGCCAGGAGCUUGUCAUUUUAUAAAGUAGAUGUGUCUUCCAUUUGCAGUAAAACAUGUUGGCAUAACAUGCGGAGGCUAAUUUACCACCUUAACUGUUAAACUGCACCAGUGCUGUAUCCAUAGCCAUUUAUGACUUUCCGCUGAUCCAAACAAAAUAGAUGAUUGUACUGGUAUGUGCACUGGUGUAAUUUAUCACCUAUGUUGGUAAAUAGGCCCCACUGUGCACCAGAACAUUCCUUCUCUUUGUAUGGUAUUUGCACAUGUGUGGGAGUGGCCAUUUUGCUUCAAGAGGUGAGAUAAAACUGAUAAAAAAAACUAGAAGAAGAAAAAUCACAAAUACAUUGGAAGGAUAAAUUCUUUUAACAGAAUUACUGCAGAUUUGGAAAUCUUAGAGCUAUUGUAUGUGUAUUAUUCUUUUUUUUAUACUAAACGACCAUAUCAGAAUACUGGCUAAAAUAAUUAAAUGCAAUUGUACUCCCAAACGAGUUCAAUAUUUAAUGUUUAAUCUUAAAAUAAUUAUGCUUAGGCAAGCUAUAUGGCACUGCAGUCUAUGUGCAAACACAAAUUCUUAGGAAAGGAACGUACUAUGCACAUAUUAAGAUAUUCUUCCAUGUCUGGUUUAUUUAUAGGAAAAUGUACAAGCCUGUUAUACAGUAUGUUUUUCUUUGCCCAGUCAGUGAUCAGAAGCAAACUAUUUCUAAUGGUUAGGGGCGAUAAUUUUGUUAUCCAGGGGUACCUUGAAGUAGAGCGUCUGCUCCUUUAAAUUAAGAGAAGCUUGCAGAGACAUUUUGGAUAUACAGUAUUAUAAAAAGACACCACUGGUGUUAGGUCCAUUGUUGUAUGAUGGGGUAAAAUGAAAUUAUGGUUUAACCUUCUCUACUUGUGACCUUUUUCAAGAGAACGGGUUGCAAGAUGAUCCUCAUAAUGAUCACUGAUAUUAAUGGACUAUGCUUUCAUAAGCAACCAAACCAUUACAGCUGGCAAUUUAGGGACAAAAAAUGUAUUUAAAAUUAUUUAACUAGUCUUUGUCUUUGUUGUACUUAUAUGCCGGUAUAGCUUUACACCUCAUGUUGGGCCUUUUUAACUCAAGACAACAGAUUCAUCUCAUAGAUUAUUUGUUAUGUACCCUUGCUUCCAAAUAAUAGGAAUAUGUCAUUGGCUACCUCUAAAACAGCCACCAAAAAUAGCUGAAAUUUUGAAGCAGUCAUACAUUUUUAAUUUACCUCAAAAUGUCAUUACAGAAACCAAACAUGCUUUUUGCACCCGAUCAGAACAACCUGUAAUAGGGUAAGUUACAGCUUACCAUUACUGGAUGCGAGCAUAGAAAAUUGCAGGGACUUUAGGGACUUAAGAAAAUUGAUGUUAAGGAACGCUAUUCAGAUUUUUUUUUUAAUCUAUUUCUUAAAUUCAUGGCUUUACUAUCAGAGAGCACACAUUGCCAUUUGCCUAUUACAGGAAUGCUCAGUGUUUGUAGAUAUAUUUUGCUUGUGGUUUAUUGCAUAUCUUGAUUUCUCAGGAGCUGCUACUGCUACUUUUGUAAUACAGAAAAAAUAUAAAGACAAUUUUGGUUAGGCAACAAGCCUUAACUCUUUCUGUCUGGCAGCCCUAACUGGCCUAAGCUGUGCUUUAUUUGUCAUUAUGGGCAUAUCUUCCAUUUUUGCUCUAGUGCAACUGUCCAUACCACAGUAUGGAGUUCAUUCUAUGAACUUCUAACAUAGUAUUUCCAUUGAUUGGGCAUGCUACCUCAUUGAUUGUCCAAUGGUAUCAUACCUGUUACUGUUUCACUUACUACCAAAUUUGCACUUUGACAGUAACCCAUAACAGCCUAACAAUGAUUGGCCAUGUUCAACUAGGGGCAGUAAGAAUAAUAAAAGCAAACAUUUGAUUGUUUGGCAUGGGUUAAUGCACUAGUUUAAAUUAGUCCAUUGUUAGUUAAUGACACCCAUAAAUUAGUAUUGACAAUUUGAGUGAAACUUUCCAAAACCAGUUCCCUUUAUGCUGAUAGGAGCCCAAGUGGGUGCAUUAGGAUUUAUCAUCAACCAAACCCACUAUGCGCUUUUGUGGUUGGCUCUAAACAUGCCCUUGUCCUGACAACAGGGGUGAGGUUUUAGGAAGCAGUAUAUGAAUCUGUUAUGAGAGGCUGUGUUUGUUUUACUUUGUUUUUAAAUGCAAACCAGUAUUGAUUACUUCAGUGACCACAGUGUUUAAGUGGCCGGUGCACACAAUUCCAUUCAGUUUUGCUUGUUUAGUGAUUAACUGAACAGUUAUUUUAUACUUAACGAUUGCACAGGAAUUGUAUUCCCCAGGGAGAUAUAGAUGUACCUACUAAAAGGGAUCUAUCACAAAAAUAAAAAUGUAAUACAAGAUUCAACUGACUGAAAUACGAAACUUUAUAAAUAUAAUUAAUUAAUAACUCUGUCCUGUUUCUGAAAUAAAUAAGGUUCUCUCCCCCUCUCAGCAUCUGUCUCUAUUCAUGCUCUCUUUUUGCAGUAGGUGGAGUCAGGUUUAAAUCUAAUACAUCCUUUGGGGGGUUGUGCCCUCUGCUUAGAAGAUGUAUGAGAGCUCACUCUUAAAAUAACUUGCUUUAGCUAAAAUCCUGUUUUUCUACAUACAAGAUUUGUGCCAAAGUCAGUUGCUUUGGUUAUUUGAGUUAUCUGCUAAGAAAGGUAGCCCUCCUAAAAGAUGUAUUAGAAUUACCUUUCAAUCAAAAUCUGACCCCGACUUCUGCAAAAGUCGAGAGUUAAGAAAGCAGUUUGCUGUAUGGGGGAGAGUGAAGGGUAACGUGACUAUUUCGGAAACAGUACAUCAGUUUUAAUUGAUUAUAUUUAGGAAGUUUCAUAUUUCCAUGAGGCAUAGCUUUUAUUACAUUUUUGCAAUAGUUCCCCUUUAAUCCCCCUUUCGUCACUGUCUGUUAUGUAGUCAGCCAUGGUGCUAUGGAAAAUUGUAUGUCAGCCCUUUAUAAAUAUUUUAAAUAAAUUCAUCUGAUGCAUGUAACUUCCAAGUAAGGAGUCCCAGCUACUGCCUAAGGAUGCACUUAAAUCACAUCCAUUUUUUAUUUUAUUUAAACAUCCUAUUGUGUCUAAUCAUUGGCAUUAUGGAGAUACAUAACUGAAACUCCAUUAAAUUCAUUGCUUAUUCAAUCAAAAUGUUAAGAUAGAUACUUGUGAAGAGUUCAAAUACCAGCAAGUAUUUUUAUGCCAAUGUAAAGAAAGGUGGCUCAUUUUAUACAUAAUACCCAAUGUAAACCAUCUUACAGUAUAUACACUGGUUCUCUGCUUUAUGGAAGCACCAACUUUCUUUGAAUAUAUUGUUAAGAGAAUAUUUUAAAUGAUAAGUGUUCUUCUUAAAGCCAGUGUGAAGGGGGUGAGGAUGUACAAGAGCUCAUGUUUGAGGUUUGGUUGCAAUAGUCAGACUUUAUAAAAAAAUAAACUGCCUUCUAAAUUAUUAUUUGAAUAAUGUUGUGCUUGGCCCACUUUAGAAAACCAAGUGGAAUACUAAUAAGGUGAUACUAAUGAGGUGAUUUGUAUCAAGACCACUUUGUUAUUGUACUAUAUGCUCCUAUAUAGGUUAUGCCCAGUGUUGUUGUGAGGUGCAAUACCAUGAUCCUAUUCUGUGUAUUAGGUUUUUUUUAUUGCAAGUUACUAUCAUGUUGGGAAGUUGUUUUGUACAGUAAACUCCCAGUAGCUUGAAAGGGAUAAUGGUGGAUCUGUAGGCAUUGACAGUGCAGUGUUUAUAGUUUAUAUAAGGUCCCACUGACUCCUAAUCCACUUCCUUAAAAUGUAUGUGUUUUGGGCAUCUGUAUAAAACAAUUACCAUAAAAAUGGUUUGGGAUUUAAGUGCCAACAUUGUGAUGUUUAUGUAGAAAUCAUCAAAUACAAUGAAAGGGAAAUGGAAUGAGUAGAUGAGUUAUUAGCAUCCAUCUGCUGUUUAAUUCUCUGCUUAUUUAAGUGUUGGUAAAGCCAUAUUACAAUUUAGGGCUAUGAAGUGGUUUGAAUUGUUGACCAGAAAGGCAUAACAUGUCAUCCUAGUUCCUUAGCCCUCUUCCUUUGGGUUAGAAUAGAGAGGUAACUUGUUCUGGUCGAUUACCUUGGCCAGAUAUGGGAAGAUCAUUUAGCAACUAAAUGGGCCACAAUACUUUUUGUGUGUUGUGAGAUCAAGUAUUUCAUAUGAUCAAAACCAAUUUGGAAAUGAUCACAUUUUAUAUGUAUGGUUAAAAAAAAUCUACUUGGCUAAUGAAUGUAUUUGGUGUGUGGGAUCAUUUGCAAUACACGUGCAUGGGGUGCCCUGUGAUCCCCUAGCUUUCAGUCAGGUCAGCUGACUAUAUUUGGCAGCUUCACCAUGUUCCAAGAACUCUUAUACAGUGCUCUUAUACUGUAGAUACUAAGCAGGCGACAAGCUCUGUGACCAGAUGGUCAUUCUGUGAGUAUUUUUAGUAUAAACUGCAAUAGUGUUUGUAAUGUUCUUUUUACCUAAUCCUGAGAAAAGCAUUUAUUUUUCAUUUUUAUAACAUCUGGAAUUGUUCGCAAAGGCAUAAAAACAUUCUGAAGUGGAUACUUUUUCUCUUUUUUAAUUCUGUAUUAAUGUCAGUUGUUAUUCAUGUGCCUAGGGUGUCCAGAAUGUCUCCAUAUUUUCCAGUUAAGUGCCGUUCUGCAGCAAAGCACCAAUUUUUGCAUACACCUUAUGCCAAUAUUCAGUAUAUGUGUUGUAUUUUACUGUGGUUAGUAGAAAAUAUAAUCUGUUCUUUGUAAAGCAGCAUUUAUGCAUGCCUUAACCCUUAAUUUCUCUGGAAAAUUCCUAAGAAUGUCAUGUAAAAUAUAACUAUAUUUCAGCCUUUUUUCCAGAGAAGGAUUUGUAGUGGGGGUAAACCUUUAUUAGCUGGAAUGAAAAAGAUUUUUGAUACAUGCAAAUAUAGCAUUUUAUAUGUAGGGAUAGUUGGGAAGUAAGAAAUUACACUCAGAUGUUUGAAAUUUUUAUUUUGGGUCGUUGUUAAAAACUAGUAACACUUGCAUGUCAUAAAACAUUUCAUAAAGCAAAGCUGACAUUUUCCUUUUUAUCCUCACGUAGUAAAACAGUAAAUGGGAUUAAAGGGACAGUAUACACCCCUUUUCAACCUGAGCUGAAUUAAUAGGGCUUGUGCUGAACAUAUAUUUUGUCUAUUGGUAUAAUUAAGAAAUAUCUAUGAUUUCUGAUACUUCUGGCACUAAAUAAGGAUAUAAAGUCACUUUCACUUCACUUUUACUUAGCCCAACUUUUAAAUUAGUGCUUUAGAAUGGCAAAAUGGGAAAAUAUGGAUUUUUUUUAAUUGAAACACUAGGCAGAAUCUAAUUUUAACACAAGUCCUAUUUAAUGUGCUAGUUUUUAGCAAAGGUGUUUUUAGGUGUAUACUGUCCCUUUAACAGUACAAUUGACAUUUUCUGACUCUAUUUCAUUAAGACACAUUAUGCUAAUUCUGAUACCACAGUUUUUUAUGGAAAACAAUAUAUUUGCCCCAAAAUGGUAAUUGCCAGUAAACAGAGACAAUAUAUGCCAGUAAUCAAAAUGAGUUGAAAGGACCAAGCUAGUGUUGGAAAUACUUUCUGCCACAUGGAUUGUUUCUAUUUCUUACAGUGAUCAGUUCAUAACAUUGAUAUUGAAAGCACUUUCUGUUUUCUUUUCUUCCAAGCAAUUGUAAGAUGGGGAGAAGACACAAAUCAAAUUAACAUUUCUAGUUAACCCCUGCUGUAUACUGAAUCCCUGUUUAUCUGUAGACCUGAGACACAGGCUACAACUAAUAAUAAGGUAGUUUUUUUUUAAACAAACCUCAUUAUCUUCAUUUAAAUGAACUCUUCAGAUUUGAGGGGGAGGGAGGUGGAGAUAUUAAGGAUAACGACCAAACAAUGAUAUAUUAGAGCUUGCUAAGAACUAAAGAAAAUGUGUAUAUAUAUUUUUUUUUUCAUUUCAUAGAGAAGGCAGAAUCAUGUUCAACACAAGUAAUAUUUAUUUUGUUCAUGUAUUAACUACUUUAACAUGAAAGCACAGACAAUGAUGUUCGUGCAACAAGGUUAUUAGAUGAUAAAAACAUGUUUUUGGACUCAGUAGAUUGAGCUUUUAAGGGCCUUUUAAUAAUAUAGUUACUGAAGUUUGAUGAGAUGCAGUACAUAUAACAGUGAUCCCCAACCAGUGGCUCGUGAGCAACAUGUUGCUUACCACCUCCUUUAAUAUUGCUCCCAGUGGCCUCACAGCCCAUUUUUAAAUCUCUGGCUUGGAGGCAAGUUUUAAAAACAAAGAGACUAGUGAUGCACGAAUCCACUAUUUUCGAAUUUGGCUGAACCCCAAAUUCUUCUUAAAGGAUUCCGUCAAAUAUCGAACUGAAUCCUAAUUUACAUAUGUAAAUUAGGUUAUGGAAGGGUUAAAGAACUUCUGUGUUUAUGUGACAAAAAGGAUUUGGUUCAGCCGAAGCUGAGUAAGGCCUGAAUCCCAAACCGAAUCCUGGAUUCAAUACAUCUCUAACAGAGACACAUGCUAGUGUACUCACCAACACCUUUUGACAUACAAUAUAUAUAUUUCAAAACCUUUUUUAAAACAGAUCACUAGGCAGGGUUAGGGUGAUGUACAAUAUGGUGCUGAGAGACACAACAUCCAGGAUAUUUCUUGAUAUAUCUUGCAGCUUUUAUUCUCCCAUGGGUGGCUAUAGAAAACAGAAUAUGGGCAUUUAUUUAGAUGGCAAGUCAUAGUUUUCAUGAUAGGGCACAUUCUGGUAACAGGGAUUGAUGAGGUUAUAUUAAAGAACCAGUAAUGUCUAAAAUGUAAAAAAAAAAACAUUUUAAUGUUUGGGAGAGAGGGGAAUUUAACGGAACUCAAUUUUCUGGUUUAUAUUUUUUUGAAACCACAAAAAAACUAAUUUCCAUGGCAGUCAUUUUUUAAAAAGGCCCUAACUGAAAAAGCACAAAUGAAAAAAAAGUUGGGAAAAUUGCAAAAACCACAACUUUUUCAUCAAAGGAUAACCGUGACUUGUUUAUUGUCACACAAAAACCUCUAAAACCAUGAAGCAAAGAACAAUCCUCCAAUUAUUAAAAGGACAUCAUAUCAUUAACUUUUAUGUGAUUUCAACAGGCUGUAGCUGUCGUAUUGUCGCUGGUAAAUUGUGGCAAAUUUGGAUUUUUUUUUUCUGUGACAAAAUCACGUUUUUGGCAACAAAAAACCCAAACUUAAAAAAUUGUGCUUUAGUAAAUGCCCCUUUAAAGUUUUUAUCUAUUGAUCGAGCACCUACAAAUAUACUAUUUCUUGGCAACAAAUGUCCUGUUUUAUAGUUCUGUAGAGAGCUAUGAAUGGCAAUUGACCUCUUUUUAUCUUUCUGUGUAGAAGCCAUUGUAUUCUAUGCAGGCUGUUAUCUGCUAUGAAGCACAAUGCUUCUUGUCCUCUUCAAGUUGAAUGGCUGCCACAUGGCUACACGGCAGCGUAUUUAUAUAAACUAUAGUACAGUUUCUAAAACAAACCCAUCAUUACCAGGGCAAGGUAACAGUAUACUGUACAGAGAUAAGGAUAUCAGCAGAAAUGGUUUCCAGAUAUAUGGGUAUUCUAUAGAAAAAUACAUAAAAAUACCUUCAUGUUUAGAUGGCUAAAAUAUGUGACAGCCUUAAUAUUUGUCCAUUUCCUUUAGGGGCCAUCAGUGGUUCAGUUGGUGCCAUCAGUACUAAGUAGAACUUACAUCUGAGCGACUGCAAUGUUUUUGCUGAUAUAUUUGGAAAUAGACAAUUACACUGACAACCAGACAUUUCCAAGAGUAUAAUGUUAGUGUAAUUCAGACUGUAAUCCACUGUUGAGCAGUAAAAAUGUUUAAAUUCAGUUAUUUUAGUCUUUUCCUUCCUAAGGGGAUUUCAAAUAGUGCACUGCUUUAGCUGUAGCAAUGGGGAUUUUUUUGUAGUCAAUUCUAAAUUUUAAUAAAACCUCCCCAUAUAAUAUCGUAAAUAUUAGUGCACAAAGUCUAAGCACAAUCAUGACAAAUCACAUUAUCGUCAUGGAAGCCUCAAAUGCUCAGAAGUAUUUAUACGAGUGUGUACUUGCCGAGAAGGUAAAACUGCCUCAGACGUAGCUUGCAUUAGUUUGUGAUGGAUGUGCCAGUUUUAUAUUAAAAGAUUAUAGCUGACAUUGCACACAUGAAUUAUGCUUGUUGGAAACAGCUUUACAACUGUACCUUCAGAGAAAUGACGGGCAAUUUUUAGAUUGCAUUAAAAUCCAAUGAGAUAGUAUAAGCUAAGCCUAAGCCAUGAUUAUCAUAUCUAUUUCUAAAAGUCUCAAAGCUGACUAUACUGAGGAACAAAAUACAUUAUAUAUUUAUUAUAAUAAUUCAGGCCUGCCUGCCGUAGGUCUUUACAGUCAGAAUAUGAAGGUGACCUGGGGCGACCGAUCUUGUACUGGGUUGGCUCAACUUUGCUAAGAAGUCACUCUUUUUCUUAACAGUAUAUUGUAAAACUUUCAUUUUUAUUUACAUUCCAGAUAUUUCUGAAAUAAAUCAACAACACAGUAGUUUGUUAUUAGGUUCCUAGCCAAAAAAUAGACUUGUAUGCCUUUUUUAUAUGUUAAUGAAAUUAUUUAUUAGCCCUUUAGUAACUUAUUUUUUUAAUAAGAAUGUCUUUUAUUAUUCAUUGUGAAUAAGGGGGUGAUUUAUCAAUGUUCAAGUUUGAUUUUUUUUAACUAACAAUUAGAGUUAUGGUUCAAAAACUUGAA